AUGACCUGGAUCCUGGAUGAGGCGCUCUGCAAUGGAGAUAGACGAGGAGCCCCGGACCGAGGAGCUCCAGACCGAGGAGCUCCAGACCGAGGAGGAGCCCCGGACCGAGGAGCUCCAGACCGAGGAGGAGCCCCGGACCGAGGAGCUCCAGACCGAGGAGGAGCCCCGGACCGAGGAGCUCCAGACCGAGGAGGAGCCCCGGACCGAGGAGCUCCAGACCGAGGAGGAGCCCCGGACCGAGGAGCUCCAGACCGAGGAGGAGCCCCGGACCGAGGAGGAGCCCCGGACCGAGGAGGAGCCCCGGACCGAGGAGGAGCCCCGGACCGAGGAGCUCCAGACCGAGGAGGAGCCCCGGACCGAGGAGCUCCAGACCCAGGAGGAGAGCCCCGGACCGAGGAGGAGCCCCGGACCGAGGAGGAGCCCCGGACCGACGAGGAGCCCCGGACCGACGAGCCGCGGACCGAGGAGCCCCGGACCGAGGAGCUCCGGACCGAGGAGGAGCCCCGGACCGAGGAGGAGCCCCGGACCGAGGAGGAGCCCCGGACCGAGGAGGAGCCCCGGACCGAGGAGGAGUCCCGGACCGAGGAGCUCCAGACCGAGGAGGAGCCCCGGACCGAGGAGCUCCAGACCGAGGAGGAGCCCCGGACCGAGGAGCUCCAGACCGAGGAGGAGCCCCGGACCGAGGAGCUCCAGACCGAGGAGGAGCCCCGGACCGCGGAGCUCCAGACCGCGGAGGAGCCCCGGACCGAGGAGCUCCAGACCGAGGAGGAGCCCCGGACCGAGGAGCUCCAGACCGAGGAGGAGCCCCGGACCGAGGAGCUCCAGACCGAGGAGGAGCCCCGGACCGAGGAGGAGCCCCGGACCGAGGAGCUCCAGACCGAGGAGGAGCCCCGGACCGAGGAGGAGCCCUGGACCGAGGAGGAGCCCCGGACCGAGGAGGAGCCCCGGACCGACGAGCCGCGGACCGAGGAACUUCAGACCGAGGAGGAGCCCCGGACCGAGGAGCCCCGGACCGAGGAGGAGCCCCGGACCGAGGAGCCCCGGACCGAGGAGGAGCCCCGGACCGAGGAGCUCCAGACCGAGGAGCCACGGACCGAGGAGGAGCCCCGGACCAACGAGCCGCGGACCGAGGAGCUUCAGACCGAGGAGGAGCCCCGGACCGAGGAGGAGUCCCGGACCGAGGAGCUCCAGACCGAGGAGGAGCCCCGGACCGACGAGCCGCGGACCGAGGAGCUUCAGACCGAGGAGGAGCCCCGGACCGAGGCCGAGUAAAUAGAACCUCUGGUUG